AUGAGCCCUCACACCGGUUGGCCGCGGACGGUCCAGUCAUCUCUCCUCAAGAAGCACCGCUCUUCGCUUUGCACCUGCCAGCAUACAUCCGCUUUCUUCCCUCGAUCCUUUUCCACUACUGCUKGUCGACAUGUCCAGCAGAGCGCCGACUUUUCUUCUACUAGUCGGAGUUAUGACCGGUUAGGCCAAGGAGCAAAGGAGAAGCUGCUCGACCGGGAAUUCUUUCUUAGCUUGUUGAGCUCUGCGUCCACUAAGCGAGAAGCCAAAUCCUAUCUGGCUCGGUUGAAGGCUCAGCACCCAAAGUCACCCGAUGAGAACAAGCCCGAGCCUGUGAAAACAGCUACAACACCUACCUUACCCUCUGGUGUCAAUUUGGGGUCAUUCUACGGAGCCUCCAGAUCCGUCUACGAGAGUCCGGUCUUCCGACAAGGCCCCAGCCCUAUCCCUCCCCCUCCACUCGAGCCACUCGAACGACUGCAUUUGGCCUUGGUCCGAUUGUCCACUCCGCAAUCGCUUGAUGACAGCAUUAUCGACGGCGUCGCAAAGACUCUGUCUCAGCUGAACCGGCUGGGCUUGACCUGCUGUGUUGUGGUUGAUCCGAGGACGGAGGAAGUUGCAAGUACACUGCGGCAAGUUGCUAUUGAGCAAGCCGACCGCCUGGCAAUCGCAAUUCAAAAGCAGCCCGACUCGAAAUCUCUUCGUCUCGACUCGGUCUUCACCAUUGACCCUUCCGGUUCUGGUCUCCCGCAAGUUUUCUCUCGAAAAGCGCUGCUGGAUCCGCUACGCCAUGGCCACACCGUCAUUCUGACCCCCAUUGCAUACACCGAAGAUGUUCCUCGGGCGGUCACAGUUCCAGCGAACGAUGUUGUACUUGCGUUGACGAAAGAGCUCGCUGGUCUUGCAAGCAGUCCGGACCCUGAUGAGGAUCCUAUGGUCACUGCGGAAAGAAUCGGCCGCCUCCAGAGAGAGGUGUCCUUGGAUAGGGUGAUUCUAUUAGAUUCGCUAGGUGGAAUUCCGGCGUUCAAUCGGCGACAGACAUCCCACGUCUUCAUAAACAUGGAGCAAGAAUACGAUGAUAUCGAAACCGAAUUGUUACAGGCAUCAGAGAUUGUGCCCGCUGCAGAGUCAAGCCUGUUGAAGGCGGGCCCCAGUUCCAUCACAGAUAACAACCCAAUUUCAAAAUUCGUCAACGAAGAGGUUGUGCCAGUGCCUUCUGGGCCGCCAGAGGAACUGAAGAUUGCGGCCCCCCACAGGAGUGCAAUCGAAGGCCAUCUGGAAAAUCUACGUGUCGCCCAGAAAGCGCUCGCUAUGCUACCCUCGGCCUCAUCAGGAAUCAUCACAUCGCCAUUCGAGGUCGCGAGCUCGGCCCAGACUUCGCCCACUUCUGAGUUUUCCGCAGUGGGCACUCGACGGCAAAGAAACCCCCUAAUUCACAAUCUACUGACGGAUAAGCCCUUGCUAUCGUCGUCCCUGCCCAUGAGCCGGCGUGGACCGAUGAACAAUGGGCAAGACACCAUUUAUCCCGUCACCUCUCAUACUACGUUUGUCAAACGCGGUAUGCCGCUGACUAUGCUGCCCAAUCCGUGGGCGGAGCCGUGGACAGCUCAGAGUCGGCCGCGGCUGAAGUUGGACGAUCCUAGCAUCGACUUGCCUCGCUUGGUGCGUCUCAUUGAGGAUUCCUUUGACCGGAAACUCGACGUACAAGACUACUUGAACCGUGUCAACGACCGCCUUGCCGGGUUGAUCAUUGCUGGUGAAUACGAGGGCGGCGCCAUUCUAACCUGGGAACUUCCUCCCGGCGUGAAGGACGAUGGCAGUGAGGCCAGUAACGCUCGAAUGGUCCCCUACUUGGACAAGUUCGCCGUGCUCAAGCGCAGCCAAGGGGCAGGCGGGGUGGCAGACAUUGUCUUCAACGCCAUGGUGCGCUCCUGUUUUCCCAACGGAGUAUGCUGGCGCAGCCGCAAGAACAAUCCGGUGAACAAAUGGUAUUUUGAAAGAUCUCUGGGCACUUGGAAGCUAUCCGACACCAAUUGGACUAUGUUCUGGACUACCCCUGACCUGGUGGAAGAUUCGCAAAAGUUUCGGGAUUACGAAGCUGUGUGUCGCAGCAUUCAGCCAAGCUGGGCCGACGACACCGGCGUGGUUGAUUGA